UGUCAACGGGUCCCUUCGCUCGUUGUUUUCUGGACGUAGGGGUCACAGUGCUCAUCACUUGCGUCUUGAGGUUUCCUGCAGGCCCGGGAGAGGCGGAGCGCACCUGCGGGGGUCCUUGAGCGGCAACCCGGAAGUACGCGCAGCCGACGGUGGCGGGUCGGUGGGUGCGGGCCGCGUGCGCGACCGCGUGGGCCAUGGGGCGGCGGGCGCGGUGCAGGCGGCUCCAGCAGCAGCAGCAGCAGCAGCGGCGGCCCGAGGGAACCGAGGACGGCGCCGAGGGCGCCGGAAAGCGCCAUGACGCGGGCUGGGAAGGCGGGUACCCCGAGAUCGUCAAGGAGAACAAGCUCUUCGAGCACUACUACCAGGAGCUCAAGAUCGUACCAGAGGGCGAGUGGGACCAGUUCAUGGAAGCGCUCAGGGAGCCCCUCCCGGCCACCUUAAGAAUUACUGGUUACAAGAGCCAUGCAAAAGAGAUUCUACAUUGCUUAAAGAACAAGUAUUUCAAAGAAUUGGAGGACCUGGAGGUGGAUGGUCAGAAAGUUGAAGUUCCACAACCCCUGAGUUGGUAUCCCGAAGAACUUGCCUGGCACACAAAUUUGAGUCGAAAAAUUUUGAGAAAGUCUCCACAAUUAGAAAAGUUUCACCAGUUUCUGGUUAGCGAAACCGAAUCUGGAAAUAUCAGUCGUCAAGAAGCUGUUAGUAUGAUUCCACCACUGCUGCUUAAUGCUCACCCUCACCAUAAGAUCUUAGAUAUGUGUGCAGCACCUGGAUCAAAGACCACACAAUUAAUUGAAAUGCUGCAUGCUGACAUGAAUGUCCCUUUUCCAGAGGGAUUUGUCAUUGCAAAUGAUGUGGACAACAAGCGCUGCUAUCUGCUUGUUCAUCAGGCCAAAAGGUUGAGCAGUCCCUGCAUCAUGGUGGUCAACCACGAUGCGUCCAGCAUACCAAGACUCAUGAUAGACGUGAAUGGAAAGAAAGAGGUUCUCUUCUACGAUCGCAUCCUAUGUGACGUUCCAUGCAGUGGAGAUGGCACCAUGAGAAAAAACAUUGAUGUCUGGAAAAAGUGGACCACCUUAAAUAGCUUGCAGCUGCAUGGCUUACAGCUGCGGAUUGCUACACGGGGUGCUGAACAGCUAGUGGAAGGUGGCAGGAUGGUGUAUUCUACGUGUUCGCUGAACCCCAUUGAAGAUGAAGCAGUCAUAGCAUCUUUACUAGAAAAAAGUGAAGGUGCUUUGGAGCUUGCUGAUGUGUCUUCUGAAUUGCCAGGACUGAAGUGGAUGCCUGGACUCACACAAUGGAAGGUAAUGACAAAAGAUGGGCAGUGGUUUGCAGAAUGGGAUGAGGUUCCUCACAGCAGACAUACCCAGAUUCGGCCGACCAUGUUCCCACCAAAGGACCCAGAGAAGUUGCAGGCGAUGCAUCUAGAGCGGUGUCUUAGAAUAUUACCACAUCAUCAAAAUACUGGAGGGUUCUUUGUGGCAGUAUUAGUGAAAAAGUCUUCAAUGCCAUGGAAUAAACGUCCACCAAAGCUGCAGGGGGAGUCUGCGAAGCCAAGAGACCCUGUGCAGUCCAGCCCUGCAGGUCCCACGGGAGAGAAAGCUGCGGGCCCCUCGGAGCUGGAAAGGAAACUGGACACUGGAAUUGGUGAUACAGAAAUAAUAGAAAGGACUGAGGAUUUAGAGAAUAAUGGAAAUAAGAAAGAUGGCGUGUGUGGUCCCCCUCCAUCGAAGAAAAUGAAGUUAUUUGGAUUUAAAGAAGAUCCAUUUGUGUUUAUUCCUGAAGACGACCCAUUAUUUCCACCAAUCCAGAAAUUUUAUGCUUUGGAUCCUUCAUUCCCAAGGAUGAAUUUGUUAACUCGAACUACAGAAGGGAAGAAGAGACAACUCUACAUGGUUUCCAAGGAGCUGAGAAACGUGCUGCUGAACAAUAGUGAGAGGAUGAAGGUUAUUAAUACUGGGAUAAAAGUCUGGUGUCGAAAUAGCAGUGGAGAAGAGUUUGAUUGUGCUUUCCGGUUAGCACAGGAGGGAAUCUAUACAUUGUAUCCAUUUAUUAAUUCAAGAAUUAUCACUGUAUCAUUGGAAGACGUUAAAAUUCUAUUAACCCAGGAAAAUCCAUUUCUUAGAAAACUUAGCAGUGAGGCAUACAUCCAAGCCAAGGACCUGGCCAAGGGGAGCGUCGUCUUGAAGUAUGAGCCGGAUCCUACGAAACCAGAUACCCUGCAGUGUCCCAUUGUGUUGUGUGGAUGGCGGGGAAAGGCCUCAAUUCGAACUUUUGUGCCCAAGAAUGAAAGGCUGCAUUAUCUCAGGAUGAUGGGGCUGGAGGUGUUGGCAGAAAAGAGGAAAGAGGGGACUGCUCUGACGGACGAGAGUGCAGCCAACUCUGGACAUCUUGAAGAUGAUGAGGUGAGUGCCGACCAGAGAGCAGAACAGACUGCCAGUCCAGACGCCACCAGCACAGGCAGUGACUCGGCUGGAGGUGCCACUGUGCCCCGGUGAGGAGACCGCGGGGCCUCUGCCUUGGUGUCUACAACCAAAUCCAGAACUUUGGACCUGCAAAGUACAUAUUUUUAAAGACUGGAAACUGACGGAACGAUGGAAGCAUCUAUGAAUGAUCUCAGUACUGCUUUCAUAAGGAGUUUCCAAAAAAAAUUUUUUUAGUUUGUUAGAAGUUGCUCACUUUACUUUGUUCUUUGACAAAGCUGGGUCCAGUGUACCUGUUGCAGGUAGUAGAGUUUCACAGUUAAGUCUUAACUUCCAUCGAGAAACUUAACGGCUCUUACAGAAAUUUUCAGGUCCCCUUUGUUGUGCCUAUAUUGCUCUUAAGUCCAGUAUUUCUUUUAAUUAUUUAUAGAAAGAGUCUAUAUCUCCUGAUGAGUUGUUGGAAAACUGCAUUAUGAGCUUUAUAAUAAUUAUGUUAAGUUGCACCAUAGCAGUGCGACAUUAACAUGCAGUAAGGUAAAUAUCUGAGGUCUCAGAUGACUUCUGUGCCUUUGUAAUAAAGGGUGAAAUAAACUUGGUUGGAGUAAAAGCUGUAUCGUGAAUUGUGAUACUCAUGUGCUUUUGUUGAUGGAGUGCUUUGCACUUUUAAUUUUUAAAUGGUGUUUGGGAUCCUUGGAACAUUUAAAUAAAGAGUUAAUGAUAAAUGUGUAUGUGUGUAUGGCUUGUUUUAACCUCAUG